AUGGGUGUAAGUCAAUACUUAAGUUUUCAGGUUCCUCCUCGACCUUUGCGCGGCAUGUUUCCCUACGGUCAUCCACCAGCUCGGGUUCGGCCUGCCUUCUUACGGCCACAAACUUUCGACCAAUACUUUAGUGAGGCUGACUUUCCUCGAGACGAUGAUUCUGAUGAACUUCUGAAUAAGGCCAUACUGGCCAGAAACAAGGAAAUCGCACCGUCGGCCAAGGAACAGUCGGCUGUCACUACGCUGAUGGCACAGGUCAAGAGUGCUCUUGAGACUAUUAUUUCUACACAAGCUAUUCCUUCUGCUGUAAGUUAUGAUUCUAUGGUUUAAGUUUGUAAUUGCAUUUUAUAAUGUGGUAACAGUUAAGAAGUUUAAUUUAUGGUUUGGUAAUUUUGAAAAAUUAAAGUUUUUUGAAAAAAAAUUUUAAAGUUAGGUAACAAAUAUGUUUUUUUUUGUUUCAAAUAAUAUAUUGUAGAAGAUAACUGAAGUAAAGGAGAUUGGAUCGUUUAAAACUGGCACAAUGAUAAGCAAGAAAAACAUUGCUGAUGUUGUCUUAAUGUUCGGAACACUGCCUACUCGUAAGUUCUUGUAUUUUAAAACUACUAUAACAUUCAAAACAUACCCAAAACUUGCCGUUUCAGACCAGACCGUAAAAGCGUUGGGAGAGAGGAUCGUGGAGCUUCUGAAGGAAACCCAGCUUCGCGAAGUGUACGGUGUAGUACCUCGUGACUACGGUUGUGAAGUUGCCGGCACUCAGGCCGUUCUUCGUCUCAUGAUCGCCGUGCCUCCAGAAUUGCCACUUCAAAUCGACUCGGCUCUUCAUUUGAAGCCAGAAGUCUUGAAGAACAACAUCAUGGCUCUGAAGCACGCUACAUGGUUCGACGAUAAUGCUGGUCAGCCGGCUAUCAAGAUACUGGUCAGGAUCAUCAAGGACAUCAGGACCAGAUGUGAAGGACUCAAGCCAUUGGAUAUGUGGACUAUACAGCUCUUGGUGAGUUUGGCUUUUUCUUAUUAAAAAUAUUUUUUAACUUGAAACACAAUGCCAAUAUGGCGGGAAGCUCGAAUUCGAAUGUUAAGGUUCUUGACUAAAAUUUGAUAUUUUUUAUAAAAUUUAAAAGUUCCAGUCUCACUACUGUGUCACCCACACCGCCGACCGCAAACCCUUGCCUCUGGCCCACGCCUUCAGAAGAUUCUUCCAACUGUUGUCUUCUGGCUUCCUUCUUCAUUGUUCUGUUGGUGUAGCAGACCCGUGUGAUCCGACCAGACGCAUUAACUACGGCUUCAGCCUUCAAGAAGCCGACCUCAUCUGUCGCACAUGUCAGUUCAUUUGUCGCUUAAUCAUCCACGAGAAGUUCGACUGUCUCUUUGGUCUGAAUGGUAAUGUCAGCAAGGACGUGGCUAGCGAGAACGAAACCGACGAUGGUCUCAACAUUGCUCCUCUUAAAGAAGCCUUCUUCGACGCGUUGCUGAUCAACAAGCCCAGUCAGGACAAGUUUUUCUCCAAGAACGUCACUGCUUGA